CGCUCUUGCUUCAUGGCAGCAAGUUGCUCCGAGCGUCGAGACGUAAAGCUAGAGUCCUUCCUGAACAGAACCUUACCUCCUGAAGAAUACGAACGUCUUCUAGCGAGGCAGCCGACCGUGGCCGUGGUGGCGAGCAGCGACCGCGGUGGAGGUCGCGGGGCCGCGGCGGGGAAGCCGGCUCACAGACAUGCGGUGCUGGGCCACUGUAAGCUCUACUUGACAGACGUUCCUCCCAAGAACCUGAGAACGACACUACUACUAAAACACGUGGAGUCUAUACUGAUUCUGGACGAGCCGGCAGAGUUCCUGCAGGGCAGAGAGAGAGAAGAGGCUGUUCACGUACAGAUCUGUUUCACUAGAGACGUCAGACCAGAGAAAAAUCUGCUCAGUUCCUUCGGGGACCUACGUUUCCUCAACACUACUGCCAGUAGCAGCAGAAACCCCACUGAGGGGUUGUCCCUGCCAUCUCAGCCACUAACGAUAACUAGAGACAGCGUGGAGAUGUCUUCUUGUCACUCACUCACACAUCUGGACCAGCUACAGCAGAAAGGCCAGUUUACCAGUCCACAAAUCACGGCAAAGUCAAGAGCCAGCAGUAAAGGAAGGCUCACUGCACAAAGUCCCCUCUCUCUGCAUGGAGCAUCUUCCUCAAGGCCCAGUAGUAGAAGAGAGGCCCAAAAAUCUCUGUCUCCACUCGGCAAUUCAACUCCAGUUGCCUCCACAUUAAAACAAUACAACAGGAAACACUGUCUUCUGGAGAGGUCCCUCGAGCCUUCCCCACCACGUGCCACAACUUUAAACCUCUCGCGUGACAUGAAACAAAUUCAGCUCAGUCCUGGAAAACCAACCCGUCUGUCUGACGAUUCUCUGGCCAGUAGUCACUCCAGCCCAACUCUGCUUCUCGGUUCACAAGCUCCCAGUUUUUCACCAACACUCUCCCUACCAUCCAGUAGAAACAGCUCUCCCCAUUCCAGUUCCAGUGGAGAUCUGGAGAGCCCCGAGAAAGGUACCAGCACUAAGAAACAAGAGGCAAGGAAGGAGAGAUGUAUGCUCCAUCUGUACCUUCUCUCGCCCAACACUGACUUCUACCAACACCUGUGCACCGCCUGGCUGGAUCAAAAGAUAGCAGUGACUCUAGCGUCUGGUGGGCACAUGCACCCACCCAAAUCACAAAGACCAAGUGACCAUUUCUCUCACCAUUUCCACACUCUGAGACAAGAGUUGCUGUCAGCAAAGACCAGCAGAGAGUCAGCUCAGCUCUCUCGUGAGCUCUGCUCUGCCUGCCAGAGAUACUUCAUCGUGAAACAGCUCUUUUGGGAGGUAGCUAUACGGCAUAGAGAUAUGUUCAUUAUUAUUUUCUCUACAGAGUACAGAACUGGUUGACCAUCUGAUCCAAAUGCUCCACUUUGUGCCGUCUAAAGCUUCAGCAAAGGAAAUUUCCAUUUCCACAGAAUUAAAAUGCAGAGUGGAUGUGCUGGAGCUGCUGUACCAGAUGAUGAGAGAGACACACGGACUCCAGAGGAGGUGCCUGGCUCUCACUGGGAACAGCGGCAGACGUCUGAGAAAACUCCUCACUGCCACUGUCUCUCUCACCCCCACCCUCUCUGAGAUGGAGUCGAUGGAUGAUGAGGUGGUGGAAAUAUCGUGUUCUGUCCUAUCAGAAGUCAUGAGGCUGGCUCAACAGAUGAGGUGGCCGUGUGCUCCAGGGGGUGUGGUCUCUCUGGACUGGACUCUGGACAUUCUAGCCAAGCAUCCUCACAUUAGGGAGUUCUGUGGAGCAGUGAUAGGCCACGAGUCGUCUCUCCUCCAUCAAGAGCACCUGGAGCCCUGUCAGGAGGUCUCCCUCUAUCACAUGACCUUCCUUCUCCACUGCCUCACCUCCCACUCACAACCUCUCCUGGUUCUCUUAUGCAAACACUUCUCAGAGGAGUUCAAGUAUUUCCUGAGUGUGACGAUGGCUCAGAGAAAGCUGCCGGCAAACAGUCCCCUCACUCCUCAAACCCUCUCUCUCCUCCAACUGACCAAGUCUAGGGUCCUUCAGCCAACCAGCUGCUAGCACCAUUAGCACAAUCACUGUCACUUGAAAACUAAACUGUGUAUAAUGCAGUAUAAGAGUUUUGCGUCAGAAAUUAAUGCAAGUUCGCUUAUUAAUUUGGCAAAGCAGUCCAUUCGCGUCUUGUGGAAGUGUUCAGAUCUCUCGAGAGAGUGAGGGAAAAUGUUAAAGUCACAUCAGGCUUUACUGUCUGCUUCCAACCCCAUGCAUUAUAAUAGCACAGCUUCCAAAAACAAAACUUUCAAAGUGAUAUUGCUAUGAUAUAAUAUCUCUGGAAAGCACAAACAUAGACUAAUGCAACAAAUCUCACGAACCAGGAACUGAGCUACUAGUCAACACUCUACUCCCACCGUCGCCACCACUAGACUGUUCUGAACCCUUCUCCUCUCCCUCCGCACCCAUCUUCUCUCCCUUUCCUUCUUCCUCUGUCUUUGUCGUCUCCUCGCUAUCUUCCUCAUAGUCUUUGUACAGGUCCGGGUACUUCUGGAAGCACUCUUGCAUCGCUCUGAACUUGUCAAUACAGUCGCUCCCUUUCUCUUCCGCAGUACUGUAGUGGAAGCAGGAGAAGGCGUCCUUGAACUCCUGCCCGCACGGUCCCUGGGGCAUCCCUCCCAGACACGGACACUCCCAGUUUAUCUCCCCGUUAGGAAGAAUGACUCCAAACUCCUCGUCCUCCUCCUCCUCUGCCACCAGGGAACCAAGCGUCUCCGGCUUGGCCAGGUCUUCCUCCGUCAAAAACACCGACCUGUGUUCACCUGCACGUUGUACGUACGACGCCGGCCGCUUAGCUCGGCAUACACUUGCCUAGCUAGUACCGUUGUAAGAACUGAGCGAUGUGUGUACGUUUGGACCGACUACACUAUGUUUCCUGGGAUCAUGUGCAUUGUAAACUAACCUUCUCGCUUGCAGUAGGACAUACUGGACCUGGUACAACAGCUUGUCUCUCUCUCUCCGAUCUCUAAGAAUCCAGGCUAGGCGCAGGGAUCGGAGCCAGAGGGGCCACGUGGGUUAUGAUCGUUCAAUUUUACUC